AUACCCGGAACAACUAAAAAUUUAAAUUAAGAAAUUCUAAAAUUUUUGUUAAAUUAAAAGAUGAUUCGCACCAAACAACUUCUCAAACUCGCAAACAGACGAAAUUUCAUCCAAAUCUCUUAUUUUUGCUCAAAAUCUUCAAACAGCAGUUCCGAUUAUGAUAUAAUUAUUUCCGGGGGUGGCUUAGUCGGCACAACUCUCGCUUGUUCCCUUGCAAAAAGCGAAAGAUUAUGCGACAAAAGUAUUUUACUGCUCGAAGGAGCUCCUGUUUUCAAAAGAACCAACAUUGAAGGUUACAGUAACAGAGUUUCCGCAUUGAGUCCCGGCACAAUCGACUUAAUGAAAGCAAUAAAUGCCUGGGAUCACAUUUCAGCGACACGUUUCAAGGCUGUUGGUCACAUGCAGAUAUGGGAUGCCGCCUCUGAUGCUCACAUUUCCUUCCGAGGAGACCCAAAUAAACCCCUCGCUUACAUAGUUGAGAACGAUUUAGUGUUGGAUGCGGUUUAUAAUCAACUAAAAGAUGUAAAAAACGUGAAAAUUUUGAAUAAUUCGCGUGUUGAAAAAGUAAAUCUCGUGCCAAAACCUUCCGUUUCACUAAAAAGUGGCGAAACGUAUUCGGCGGAUUUGUUAAUAGGCGCCGACGGAUAUAAUUCGCUUGUUAGAAAAGCCAUUGGCGGUUCCGAUAUUUCAUUAUCUUACGAACAAAUGGGUGUCGUUGCAACAAUCGAGCUGUCAGAAGCAAACGACAAUAUUACGGCAUGGCAACGUUUCAUCCCAACUGGUCCAGUAGCUCUUUUGCCCUUAAACGAGUCUCUAAGUUCGCUCGUUUGGACAACAACGAAGGAUCAUGCAAAGAAAUUACUUCAAAUGGAUGCCACGGAGUUCAUUGAUGCCUUGAACGAAGCUUUUUACAAAGAAUACAAAAAGGAUAGACUCGUCACGGGAGCGAUGGAUACUUUUAAAUCGAUUUUUGGCAACAAUAUGGGCGAAGGACCGCAAUUUCCGCCGAAAAUUGUCGGAGUUGUGGAUAAAUCGAGAGCUGCUUUUCCCUUAGGGUUCAGUCAUAACUCGACUUAUGUGAUGCAAGGUGCGGCAAUUGUUGGCGAUGCGGCACAUAGAAUUCAUCCGAUGGCGGGGCAAGGCGUAAAUUUGGGUUUUGGUGACGUAAAAUGCUUGACGGAAGUACUUUCGGAGGCUUCGUAUCGUGGAGCGGAUUUGGGAGAUGUCACGCAUCUCGUGCAGUACGAGAAAGAAAGACUUUUGCAGAAUUUGCCGAUCAUGUUUGGAGUUCAUGGACUGCAGAGACUUUAUAAUACGGAUAAUCCGCUGGUUGUUGCCUUACGCAGUAUUGGACUGAAACUUACACAUGGGACACCCCAAAUUAAGGAUUUGUUUAUGAGUCGCGCAAUGUCUUAAAAAAUUAAUAAAUUUCUGUAAAAAAAAUUAAAAAAAUAAUUAAAAAAUAAAAAAAAAAU